GAUGGAAAUCCAGUUACGUCAGAGGUGGGUUCGCACCGAACGGUGAAGUUCGUGUGGCCUCGGUCGUUUCCGGACGCAGAGUUAAAUCCCCGCCCCGGUUCAUUCCUGCGUUGUUUGGGGACAGUAGGAAGAUGGCGGCGGCCCCGCUAUACUGUGUCUGCCGGCAGCCUUACGAUGUGAGCCGCUUUAUGAUCGAGUGUGACAUCUGUAAAGACUGGUUCCACGGCAGUUGUGUGCAGGUAGAAGAGCAUCAAGCUGUGGACAUUGACGUUUACCACUGUCCCAAUUGUGAUGUCGUACAUGGACCCUCCCUGAUGAAAAAGCGGAGCAACUGGCACAGGCAUGACUACACCGAGCCAGACGAUGGAUCCAGGCCAGUUCAGGCUGGUACCCCCAGGUUUAUCAAGGAGCUGCAGAACAGAACUUUUGCCAGCGGUGAGGAAAUCAUGAUGAAGAUGAAGGGUGAGCAGGUGACGCCCAGGUACCUGGAGAGACACGGCUUCCGCUACCCCAUAGCGGUGACUGAGAUGGAGGGUCUGGGACUUAAACUACCUCCCCCUACAUUCUCUGUCAGGGAUGUUGAGCAGUGCGUGGGUGGCGACAAAGUUGUAGAUGUGAUAGAUGUGGCGCGGCAGGCGGACAGCAAGAUGAAGCUCAGUGACUUCAUCAAGUAUUUUACCGGUCCUCAUCGACCCAAGGUUCUCAACCUCAUCAGCCUGGAGUUCUCUGACACAAAGAUGUCUGAACUGGUGGAAGUCCCAGAUGUGGCCCAGAAGAUGUCCUGGGUGGAGAACUACUGGCCAGACGACUCCUUUUUCCCCAAGCCCUUUGUCCAGAAGUAUUGCCUCAUGGGGGUCAAGGACAGUUACACAGACUUCCACAUAGACUUUGGAGGAACCUCGGUCUGGUACCAUGUUCUCUGGGGUGAGAAGAUCUUCUAUUUGAUCAAACCCACUCCUGCCAACCUUGCACUGUAUGAAGCAUGGAGCUCCUCGCCCAAUCAGAGCGAAGUGUUCUUUGGGGACAGAGUGGACAAGUGCUACAAGUGUGUCGUAACCCAGGGAACCACCCUGCUCAUCCCCACAGGCUGGAUCCAUGGUGUUCUCACCUCUCAGGAUUGCAUGGCAUUUGGAGGGAACUUCCUUCACAACCUCAACAUUGGCAUGCAGCUCAGGUGUUAUGAAAUGGAGCGACGUCUGAAAACGCCAGACCUCUUUAAGUUUCCAUACUUUGAGGCCAUCUGUUGGUAUGUGGCCAAAAACCUCCUAGAAAUGCUGAAAGAGCUUCGUGAAGACAGCUGUCCUCCACCAAACUACCUGGUAGAAGGAGUGAAGGCUUUAAUUGGUGCUUUGAAGACCUGGUUGAAAAGAGAGGUGACUGAGCCCAGCAGUGAGGUACCAGACAAUGUCAGGCCCAAUCAUCUUAUUAAAGAGCUGACCAAGGAAAUCCGUCACGUCGAGGAGGAGCCACUUAGUGUUGGCAAACCAGUGAAAUCUCAGGGAGGUGGCUGUGGACUACCAUCUGGAUCCAACGGCUGCCCGACCACACGCUCCACUCUGGAGAAGCUGUGCCAGGCACGGCAGGCACGGAGGGCCGCUAGACGGCUCAGGGAGCAGCAGCGCCAAGCUCCUAAAUUGCCCUCCAACCUGGACAUCUUGGAGCAGCACACUAGAGAGGUGUUGAAGAGGCUGGAGGUGGGACCGCUGGAGGAGGACCCAGCGUUCUGUGCCAAGGUUCACGGGAAACUCAACAAAGUCUCCACUGCAUCAGCAGCAGCUGCUGCAGAGUCUUUAGAGGACAACCACCUUCGGUUAAUGCUAGUCAACGGCCGAAUCAUUAGAGACAUGAGGCGACCAGGCUCUAGUCCGGUCAAGACGGAAAGUGAACACUCCCCAGUGCAAGGUCCACCAAAGUGCAGCGUGGAUGUGAAGUCUGAGCGGAUGCUGGACAGCAGAGGGCAGUACAGAACAAGCGAGAAACCGACAGGCUUCAGAGGGCUGGAGAAGGUGAAGAUUGAACUCAGGGAAGAAGUCUCAGGACUCUCUGGUGUGUCGGACGUGGACUCUGACAGUGAUUCUUCCACAGAGUGUAAAGCGUCUUCGUCAUCGUCCUCCUCCUCUGAAGAGGAUUCAGAGAGUUCCCAGGAAGAGCAGGAGGAGGAGAUGAGAUCAUCUCAACAGAAAGGCUCAGGGCACACUAUAGAGCUGGACCAGUCUGUUCAGAAACUCAGGCAUAAACACAGACCACUCAAACGAGACCGUCCUACCUCACCCAGCACAGAACAGGCCAUUCAGGGCAUGCUCUCCAUGGCCGGCCUGCUGUGUUCCUCCGAGCCAGAGAAGGUAGCCUCGCCUCAAGACAUGUGGUGGUCCAGCCCCAGCCAGUGCUUGGGAACAGAGCAGAGGGAGGCUGCACCGCACCAGCGCCUCCUGCAGGGAGCCAAGAGUCCGAUGGACAGUCAAGGCAACAGCAGCAGCGAGGCCUGGGACAAUCAGGGGCCCCCCAGCCCCCUCAGUGGAAGCCACGCCACCAGCCCAGAGACGGACUACCAGUACUGUGACCCCUCCAUGUCUCCUGCUCUGCACCCAUCUAAGAGACAUGCGCCGAACCCCCCACCCAUAAGCAAUCAGGCCACCAAAGGCAAACGGCCCAAAAAAGGAAUGGCUACAGCCAAGCAGAGACUGGGAAAAAUCCUGAAACUCAACAGACACAGUCGAGUCUUUGUCUAACACUCAACUCCCCCUAAAAUAAAAUAAAAAAAAACAGAAAACACCACGGACAAUAAAAAAAGGAGCUGCAGAUGUUGUCCUUUGGAGGGGGAAGAAGAAAGUUGUUUGGUCUGUUAUUGGACACUUUGGUGCUGUAGAAAGUUGAAAGGGGCUGUAGGCUUGGAGGGUGGUGGGCUUUAGAACCUGGACCGCAGGGGGAAAAAAAGGUGACUCCUCCGUGAUGCAUGAUCAGGAGACAGGGUACUGCACUGAAACGUCACGUGCACCUCUACCACACAAGCACCCUAAGGAACAGAGUCUGGAGGAGAUACGAAGACGAGCGCAUGACGCCCUCUGCAGGAGAGAAAUUAGGGAAAAAAGACAUGAACUUUACUGGGGGGUGUUUAACUAAAGAAAACAACAGCAACAAAAAAGAAACAUCACUCUGGAGACAUGGAGAUUAUCUACCACGUCUGACGCUAUAAUCAUUCGCAUCCGAUCUGCUACCAGAUGCCCGGCUCACCUUCAGUGUCUGCAGACGUUCAACGUAUUAUCAGUCAACAACGAGUGUUUUUGUAGUUGCAUGUACAAGUGUAUAUGGCCUGCUUUCCACCAUCUGGGCCAGGAGGGGGCACCAUCGCGGCUCGUCAUCAAUUUGAAAACGCCUCAAAGUCAAUUGACUUCCUUAUUUAAGAAGAUGCUGGAGAUGUUACUGACACCUGGGACACUGGUGGGACAGAGGUUCUUUUUGUUGACUUUUUUGGUCACAUGUCACCACACCAGUGGAGAAACAUUUUUACUACUUCAGGACAGAUUUUAUUACCUUUUUAUUUCAUCUUCUGUCCACAGGGGUGUAGUUAUUUUGGAAAACAAAUUUGAUUAUCACUCGUUGACAACGAAAAAACCAGUUGAUCAAACUUGAGGUUUGUGUUCAAAUUCACGUCGGAAUAUGAACAAAACCCUGGCCGGUCAAACGUGUAAGGAAAUCAGGCUGCGGCUCUUAACGGACAGAGAAGGUCGCCCCACUCCCCGACCCCAAGUUUCCUCUUAUACUAUAAGGAAUAGAAAACAUGGUGCCAAGGAGGACAAAGAACGCAGGCAAAUGGUGCUUAUUGUGUAUACUUUGCUCCACUCAUACUCACCUCUCUUCCUUCUCAGACUUUACCUCUUUUUUCCGACCACCUCUUCCUCCCUCUCUCUCUGUCUCUCGCCCUCCCUCCUCUGAUCUCAAACUCACCAGCAAUAACGUGGAGGAAGGUUCAGGGAGUGAGGAGCAGCACGGUGGCGGAGCAUCCCUCUCUCCCGUCUCCUCCUCGUAGACAUAGAAGAAUCACAGACUAGUCCAAAAGUCCUCUCCGACCCUCACUGUUGUAGGAGGAUUAGAAGGAGUUACUGCUCAUGUUUGGAUGAAGAGUUGCUCCACCUGCUGCCUUUUUAUUUUUCUCCUCUGCAAAUAGGAAUUUUUGGAGUCGUUCACGUGUGUGAAUAAUGACCUGCAUUAAUUUAUUUCGUGUUUUUAUCUGUGACAUUGUUUUUGAUUUGUUAAUGUGUUAUUUUUAAAUGGAUUCUGAAUUAUGUAUUUAUUAUUUGAAAGAGAUGUUUAUUUUAUUCUGAUUCUGAAUCCUUAAGCAAUUCUGUGGGGUUCUUUUUUUUUCAUCUUUAUGGUCUAUUUUUUGUAUUUGUGAAUGUUCUUAGAGACCUUGGAUCAGGAUUUAUUGGAGUAGCAGUUUACAGACAAGUCCUUUUUUCGCUUUCUCUUCCUCCCUUUUGCUUUGGUUCACAUCUGGAUCUUAUAUUGAUUUUGUGGGCAGUUUUUUUUCUCUCUCUCUACUCCCUGUCACCUGAGGUCUUUGGCUGUGUGUGCUGACAGACAAGGUUAGGAUGAGCAUUAAAAUGUCUGUUUCCAUGUCAACACCUGAGCUAAUUUUUUAAACUGGUGCCACUUAGCAAAACAAAAAACAAACAAAAAAAACACAAGUAUUCUGAGCCACUGUGUUGAAUCCAAAGUUGAUGUUAUUGUUACCUUUCUGAUGAUGAUGUGCAGAUGUUCAGUCUCAGGGAAAGAUGCCAAGGAUGUGUUUCCAUUCACCACCAGCUCAACUUCCACAGCAUUCACUCCACACUUUUAACGCUUCACCUCCUCCUGAGGUUUUCUUGUGUUUCUUCAGUCAUUGGUGAGUGUAGUCAGCCUCCCGUCACACUCGGCUGACUUUGGAAUGGUUUUUUUUUUUUUGUUUCUUUCACUGCUUUCUCACAUUCUUAGCCUUAUGGUAAAGCUACAGUUUUUGGUGAACAUGGAGAAUUAGACAUUUUUCUAAAUAAACUCCCAAAUGCCAAAGUUUUAUGGGCGAAAUUAGUCUUCGCCUGUUUGUCACCUGUCAACAUCGUCCACCUGUCUCUAAGUGAAGCUUAGGUAGAAGUAGAGAAUGACAGAGCACCUCUACUAGUGGCAAAAAUUCCAUUUAAGUUUGAGUGUCUUGUUUUAAUAUUCUGGUUGGCUGUUGCCCAUCUAUUGGUUAGUUCUAAUUCAGUUUAAAGGAAAUUGGACAGUAAAGCAUGAUGGUGUGGGAGUGGACAAUGAAUAUCCCAUUUCCUGUCUAAACACAACUUUGCUUAGGCAUCAAUGCAAGUCUUCUUUGCAGCAACGAGUUUCUGCCAAGUAGCUUUAACAUAACUCCUCUCCAAAAAAAAAAAA